GAUGGCCACCCCACGAACAGGAAAUAAAAUCAAUCCAGUACAGAAAAAAUACGCACCAAAACAUGGCCUCUGUUUGAAAGGCAAACAAAACAAACGAGCUAAAAUGGAGGGUAAAGAAACCAUGAAGUGGGAUGCUUCUGCUUUGAAGGAAUUAGAUGACUCUGAAAUACAAAAGAAGAUAGAUUAUGAAGUACGCAUGCGGGAUGGAACCAUGCGAUUGCUGUCAGCAUCACAUGAGGAGGCACAAGCCCUUGAAGCAUCUAAAAACCUGCACACUAUAAACUCAAGAAUAUUAGCUUUGAUGAGCUUAUUACAAAGGCACAGAGCAAAGUCAGUAAACAGGAGAGUUAGACUAAGAGAACCAAGUUUGGAAACGGACAGAGAUGAAGCAGAUGGUGUGAAAGAACCUUGUAAAGCUAAGGUUUCAUUAUCAGAUAUUAGAAUUCCUUUAAUGUGGACACAAGAUGACCACCAGAAAGCCAAGACAGAACAACACAUAUAUUAUGUGUUCUGUCUGCUGAAGAUGGACGGGCAAGUACUAGACACAUCAAUGGUAGAAACAGAUGAAUCUGAAACAGAUGUCACCUUUGAUGACAUAAUAGUCUUUGAAAAUGUCAGCUCAGACUUCAAACUUGACCUGGAGAUUUACUACACAGUGUCAUCAGAUAGUGCAGCUAAUAGAAAUUCCCAUGCAAGGAGGCAAGUGAAAUGGACAUCAUCAUCAAGAGAAGCUAUGAAAUUCGUCCUGGCAGGACACACCCACCUCAAUGUUGAUCACCUUGACGACAAAAUCAAAACAUAUGACCUUAAGACUGGCCUUGUUGGUGCCAGUUUCUCAGCCUCAACUGUAUCAACAGAAGAAGUUCACRCACCUGAGCUGGCUCUAUGGGGGCAGGUGUGUUGCCGACUUGCCGCACGGCCUGAUAGCAUUGGAGAGGAUAACAUGAAGGGGUUCUUAGAUGUACAGUGCUUAAAUAAUGGUCGCAACACCUGGUCAAGAAUGUGGUGUGUCCUGCGACAAUCUUCUAUUGCCUGCUGGGAGAAUGAAGCAGAUGAACAAACUAGUCCACCCAAAGAAACGAUUGAAAUUAAAAUGAAUAUGGAGUUGAAGGACUCCCUAACACCAACACUCAAAGACAAGCACAUUAUUAUUCUUACCAGUGCUUCACAUGAAAAAGAACCAGUUUUAUCAGCAGCGACACAAGAUGAUUUCAUCAAAUGGAAGAUGGCUUUAGAACAAGCAAUACAUAAUGUUACAGCGUGGAAAAAGGCUUGUAAAACUGAAAUGAAAAUUGAAAACCCUUCAUCUCGCAAGGUGUUCUUACCACCCAAGAAAUUGUACGAUGCUGUGGAAGUAACUCUCUCCCCAUUGGCUGAAGUUGACCCUAACAUCCCAGUCAGACCACAGCCUGAGCUUGCAUCAGCAGACACUGACAUGUCCGAUGUUAAAUGUACCUAUGACAUCUGGCAACGACGAAAACCUGAGAACAGCAGUUUUAGAAACGGUGAAAAUGGUUCAAACGCACACAACUUCGAAUCAACAAUUUAAUCUCUAAGUUACUCGUUAUUUCAGUGAUUCUGAAUUGUAGUUAGGCGAUGUAAAUAUCUAUCAAAGUAAGCCAAGAGGGUAGCCUAAGUUGCUGAAGUUUCUUCUCGUUAGCAACGCUAUUUCAUCCGAAUACAAAAUAGAUCUAGCGCUUUGUAGCUCUUCCCGUGAGCCAAGCAAAGGAAUGUUUAAACAUUGAAUUUUCUGGAAUCUUUCUAUUGUUUGAAGUUUUAAUGUAUGACAUUUGAGUUCCACAAUGUUCGCUUUUAACACAGGACAUGACAUUGCGUUGCUAACAACAAAAGAUACUUCAAAAUAAAGCCCAUUGAUUUAAAAUAUAACUGAUAUAACUAGCUAAGAGUGGUUUUAGAUUUUGCUGCUGAAUUUCAAAUCUGUUCUGGGAAAGUAUUUUUUAAAGUUUAAAAAUGAAAUUAAGCAUCUGAUUUCGUGCAAGUGAAUUCAUAAUGUUGUUGGAAGUUUGAAAAUGUCGUACAAAAGCUGUGACGUUGUUUGCGUUCGGCGAGCGGUUUGAUCGACGAAUAACACCUUUCUGAUCAACAAUCUUAAACUUUACUUUAACCUUUUCUUGUUUACAUCGAUUUACAUUGAUCAACAAUAAAAAAAGGGAUCCCAAAUUGGAA